AUGAAACCUUCAGUUCACACAGAAAUUCAAUGGGAAGGUGAACGCCAGCCAUGAAGCUCCUGUGAAAACAAAGUGCCCAAAGUGUUGUGGAGUAAAGCGACCGGAGACUGCAGGAUCCCUUCAUCAGCAUUUGUCGGUCGGAAACUAUUCAUUGAGCACAAGAUGAUGUCUGACGCCAGUGAGAUGUUGGCAGCAGCCUUGGAGCAAAUGGAUGGGAUCAUAGCAGGCUCCAAGGCCAUGGACUACUCCAACGGCCUGUUUGACUGCCAGUCGCCCACUUCACCUUUCUUGGGUGGCCUGCGGGUGCUGCAUCUGCUGGAGGACCUGCGGGGAGCGCUGGAGCUCAUGGACAAUGAGGAGAGGGACAACCUGCGAUGUCAGAUCCCUGAUUCCACUGCAGAGGGGGUGGCAGAGUGGCUGCACAGACGACUGACUAACGGCCAUGGAUCAGAAGCAGUUUACCAAGAACGUUUGUCACGACUGGAGAGUGACAAAGAGUGUCUUAUUCUUCAGGUAAGUGUUCUAACCGACCAGGUGGAGGUCCAAGGUGAAAAGAUACGGGACCUAGACACCUGCCUGGAGCAUCACCGGGAGAAACUAAAUGCUACUGAAGAGCUGCUGCAACAGGAGCUGUUGAACAGGUCAGCACUGGAGACCCAGAAGCUGGAGCUGAUGACCGAGGUGUCCAGUCUGAAGCUGAAGCUGACUGCUGUGGAGAGAGAUCACAGGGAGAAUGAGGGCUUGUACCAGGAGGUUACGGACCUGCGGUUCAGGGUGACUGACAUAGAGAAUGAAAGACUGCAGUGUGAGAAGAAACUCAAAGCUACUAAAGAGGAGCUGCAGCUUCUGCAGAGGCAGCUGGAGGAGCGAGAGGUGGAGCUGAGGAGGUUGAACGAUGAGAGCAGACUGAGGGCGGAGAGCCACAACAGAGCUGAGGGAGGAGAGAGAGAUACAGAAGUGUUGAAGAUGAAGAGGGUGUUGGAGUCACUGGCGUCAUCCAACGAUGAGAAGGAACGAAGGAUAAAGGAGCUGGAGGAGUCACUUACAAAGUGCAAGAAAGUGCAGGAGCUGGUCAAAGAGAAGUUAAAGGAAGAUGACUAUGAUGAUAUCCCAGAUGAUCCCUCGGUUCCUGUAUCCAUGGAGGUGGAUCAGGUCACCGUGGCGUUGGUGGGGGAGGCAGGAAGGAGCUCUGGCGAGUCUAUUCCAUGUAUAGCAGUGCUCUCUGAAAUGAACGAACUGGACAGAGAACGACAGUUACAGGCAGCUGAAAGUUCCUUAGACGUUCCACGGCCGGGUAGCUCAGCCACAACCAGCAGCACUGACCAGGCCAAAAAUAAAGCAGGUUUCUCACCGCCUACCAAAGCAAACGCCACAAGUGAUGAGAGUUUUGGUACCAAGAAGGCCCGUUCAUCUUUCGGCCGGGGCUUCUUCAAGCUGCGUGCAGGCAAGCAGACAGCCAGCACUCCAAACCUGGCCGAGACGGACCGUAAAGGCACAGAGCACCUGGACUUAGCCGGUGUUCCUCCACGAAAGUCCCAUGAUGGAGCUCCUCUGCCGUCCUCACCUGAAACCAAAAAGAAGUCCAAAGGCUUCAGGAAAUUCUUUGGCAGACUAAAGAGGAGUCACUCUACAUCCUUCAACCUUGAUGAUGCAGCAGAGAUGGAGUUUAGGAGGGGCGGAGUCAGAGCCACAGCCGGCCCUCGACUCGGCUGGUCACGUGAAUCUAAACACAAUGCUGUUGAUGUUCCUUUCUCGCGGUGGAGUAAAGAUGAAGUCUGUGCGUGGCUGCAUGAGCAGGGCCUCGGGUUGUAUGUUGCCCAGUGUCAUAGCUGGAUCAAGUCUGGACAAACGCUACUGCAGGCAUCACAGCAUGAUCUGGAGAAGGAGCUGUGCAUGAAGCAGCCUCUCCACAGGAAGAAGCUACAGCUGGCUCUGCAGGCCCUCGGGUCAGAAGAGGACGAUUUCAAGGGGAAACUGGACCACAACUGGGUGACCAGGUGGCUGGAUGACAUCGGCCUCCCGCAGUACAAAAGUCACUUUGACGAGGCUCGUGUUGAUGGACGCGUGCUGCACUACAUGACGGUGGAUGACUUGCUGUCUCUGAAGGUGGGCAGCGUUCUCCAUCAUCUCAGCAUCAAAAGGGCCGUUCAGGUCCUCCGCCUCAACUCCUACGAACCCAACUGUCUCAGGCGACGACCCUCUGAUGAGAACAACAUCACGCCAGCAGAGAUCUCCCAGUGGACCAACCACAGAGUGAUGGAGUGGCUCCGGUCUGUGGAUUUGGCAGAAUACGCUCCAAAUCUGAGGGGCAGUGGCGUUCAUGGAGGGCUGAUGGUGUUGGAGCCUCGCUUCAACGUGGAAGCGCUCGCCCUUCUGCUCAACAUUCCUCCCAACAAAACCCUGCUGAGACGCCACCUGGCAACACACUUUCACCUGCUCAUCGGCUCCGAGGCACAGCGGCUCAAACAGGACUGUCUGGAAAACCCAGACUACACCGUCCUCACCGCCACCGCCAAGGUCAAGCCCAGGCGUAUGUCAUUCGGUGGUUUUGGCACUUUGAGAAAGAAACGUCAGGAUGAUGGCGAGGAGUACGUCUGCCCCAUGAAUGUGGAAAUGCCCAAGAGCAGCAGCUUCCAGAGGGGUGUCCGGAUCUAUGAGGAGAACCUUGACCACCUGGAACAGAUGGAAGACUCAGAAGGGACUGUUAGGCAGAUAGGAGCAUUUUCUGAGGGAAUCAACAAUCUGACGAUCAUGCUGAAGGACGAUGAGUUUUUUCACGAGGUCGCUGUCUGCCCACCGGAGGUCAACGGGACAGAAACUGAAAACUGUGGCGUUUGAGUCUCUGAGCUUUGUGACAAAAGAACAAACUGUGCAAACACAAAUCCCUCCAGCCACCUUUUGUAGUAGAACAUGAGACCUUUUACAGUAUUUUCAUCAUUCAGAAGUACAUCCACAGCUUUCAUGACCGUAUAAAUAUUUAUUGAAGCUGUCAAAUAUAAUGCAUGAACUAAAAAAAGGGGGGGGUUGAAAGCAUUAAUGUACCUCUUUCAUUUAUUUUAUUAUUCAAGAAUUUGUCUUCAGUAAUCAGUGAGGUAAGCAUACGUGUUUGUUUUUUUGAGGAGUCGCCCUCAGCUGUGUGUAGUACUCAAGUUUUAUUUGUGGUACGUAAAGAUGCUUUAUCUUAAGUUCAUUCAAAUCACAGCAAACACAUAGUUCUGACUGUAUUUGUCCAGGUUUUGGGAUCUCUGCCUCCCCUGCAACACAAGCUGAAUAGACUCACAGCAUUAAAAAUGACUUUUACUGUAGUGUACCUUUUCAGAAAGAGUCCUUGUUGCACUGUACUAUCUACAGACCUCACUCUAAACAGUUUUCUAUGGAACAACUUUUAUUUUAUAACUGUGGCUAGUGUUCUGUGUAUUACCAAGGACAUUUCUUUCUGACCUAUUGAAUUUUUUGUCAUCUUUCAAUGCUGUGAGCUCCAAACAUGUAAUUCCAUUCACCUACAUGGCAUCGGAGGUUGAAACAGAAAUCUUAAAACCUGGCUGGAUGAAUAAAAGCAAAACUAUCUGCAUAGCUAGAUACCACUGGACGUUUUUUAUUUUGUAAAAGAAUAGUUCUCAUUUUUAGAAGUAAGCUUAUUUUCUUUCUUUACAAGAAUAAGGUGAGAAGAUCGCUACAGCCAGGAGGUGAUUAGCUUAGCAUGAAGACUAGAAGCAGGGGGAAUCACCUAGAACGGACUCUCUGGAGCUCACUAAUUAACACAAAUCUCUUGUUUAAUCUGGAAGCUGUUCACAACACAAUAGUUACAGCACAGAACUCUCCCUAAAACCACAAAUAGUUUUUUUUCUGUAUGGAUUAACUAAAUGAGAUACAUGGUAAUUAGUGAGCUUUAGAGGUGCUGGAAGAUGGAUUUUGUUUUUUUAAGCGUUUCCCGCUGCUUCUAGUCUUUAUGCUAAGCUAAUAAACUCCUGGCUCUAGCUCACUUUACGCACAGCAUGAGUGGUAUUGAUCCUCCCAUCUAACUCCUGGCAUGAAAGUGUUUCUUCUCCAGAUUCCUUUUUAAGAGACAGCAUUACUGAACGUAAACAUGGAAACCAAAGUCAUUGUUUUUAAAUUUUUUGUAAUAAAAGGAGAAAUCGGCA